AUGUUUCCUCUUCUCCUACUGGCAGCGCUGGCUGCCCUACCCGCGUCGCUCGUCUCAUCGGAAUAUAUCGACCUGGGCAAGAGGCAACUCGAAGGGCCAGUUCUGGGCUUGGAAAGGCUGAAGAGGGAGUACUUCGCAUACCGACGGCGGACCUUGGGUCCCGAUUGCCAUGAGGACAAUGUCAUUGUUCGAAAAGAAUGGGGCGCCUUGUCAACCGAGGAGCGGGAGGAUUAUAUUCAAGCAACGCAAUGCCUAUACACCAGUCCCGCGCAAUCUCCUCAGGAUUAUGCUCCUGGAGCGCGCAAUCGGCGCGACGACUUUGUGGCGGUACACAUUGCCCAACAGCAACGCAUCCACUUUUCUCCCUGGACGCUGCCCUUCCACAGGUGGUACGUCCAUCUGUAUGAGCAGGCAUUGAGGGACGAGUGCGGGUAUAAAGGAGGCAUUCCAUACAUGGGCUACGAAAAUUACGGCGCCCAACCAUACGAGGAAACCGCCUUGUUUGACGGGUCACCUACAUCAUUAGGUGGCAAUGGCUCCCCCUCGCCCGACGGCUGCAAUUGCGUUGGAGGACCAUUUGCCGAAUUCCCUACCAAUCUCGGACCGAUCGCCGGCGGAGCAGGCUGCAGACAGAAUCCUCAAGCAGACGGUCUGGGCUACAACCCACGUUGUCUCGAGCGAAAUUUCAAUCCUUCGGGCCUGACCAAUCUCACGCACCAAAGCGUCUUUGAGACGAUUUUGGGCUUUCACAACAUCAACGAUUUCACCCUGCGAAUCGAUCAAUGGCCCGGCGGAAUCCACCCUUCACCCCACAGCGCCGUCGGCGGUGCCCAAGGUGACAUUCCCGGCGCACCCACCGAUCCCUGGUUCUUCAUCCAUCACGCCGGGUUAGAUCUCGUGUGGGAUAUGUGGUCCGGUCUGGAAGAGGAUGAGAGACGGUAUGCGUUGCCAAUCCCGUACCAAUUCAACAAAGAACGAGAGUCGAGAGGCUGGCAAGACGCAGACUUCGUCACUCCGGAUAGCUAUCUGGAAAUGUCUCCCGUAUUACCCGGUGUCACGGUGAGAGAUGUCAUGAGUAUUUCCAAUGGUCCGCUUUGCUAUGUAUAUGAAUAAGUAGAGGAAAAGAAAGAGGAAACGGGGGAAAGGGAGAACUCCUGAGAUCAGGGUUUUUCCAUCAUCAUUAUGUAUAUACUCUGUC